AUGUCCGGUGAUGUUCAAGAGAAGUUCCCUGUCCUGUCUAUCGUUACCCUUGACGUUAGAGCCUCGGAGACCCAUUUCCCGUGCAUUCACCGCUUUGGGCCACGUUGGUUGGCCCAUUUACGUCUCCUUUGGUCAAUUUGUGGCUCUUUCCGCGUCCCGCUCUUUGUUAAAAUCGACCUCUUUGUUCGCGUGUGGCGCAAAGCAACAGGCAUGGACAACUUUGGUGGCUCUUACGAUCUAUAA